GCAAUCACUCCCUAGAAGUUGCAGGAUCCUUCCAGAGAAGCUGAAGCCCUAAGAAUAAUUUUCUACACAAUUAGGAGAAGAUGGGAAAACUGCUGAUGCUGAUGCUGUUUGCCUUGGUCCUGACAACGCCCUGCUGUUGUGACGGAGAUAUGAACAGGGCUGUGGAUGAAGGGGUUAAGAUAGACCAUGAAACAGCCAAUGCCUUUGUGAGACGGCAGAAGAGGUCUUAUCCAUAUUACGAAAGGUACUAUGAAAUGUUCAAGUCACCACUGGAGCUGAAGCAAGAGCAGUGUGAAAACUACGCACCCUGUGACUACUACUCUGAAUUAGUGGGCUUUCAUGCAGCGUAUCGCCAGUUCUUUGGAAACGUCUGAAGUGGACAUUUUGUGUUCUCACCAGGCAGAGGGCCAAAGCAAUUGGGUGAGGCGGGGUGGG